CUUGUGCCCUUUUUGUUGCUUUCUUCUUUCUCCCUUCUGCUCCUCUUCCUCUGUGUCCUCCGAUGGCGGGCUUUGGGGGGAGCGCUUCUGGGCUGGAGCUGACCAUCGCUGUCCCUGGGCUAAGAACCUCCACUGGCUAUGAAGGGGGUGGUUGCAAUGUGAGGGAGUUGGACAUAAAUCAACCCGCUAGUGGUGCUGAGGAGGAUUUCCCCAUGGGAAGCGUGGAGGAGGAGGAAGAAGGGGGAACCCCCAGGCCGAAGAAGCUCCGCCUAUCAAAAGAGCAGUCUCGGCUGCUUGAGGAAAGCUUCAGGCAGAAUCACACCCUCAACCCUAAGCAGAAGGAGGCGUUAGCGAUGAAGCUGAAGCUGAGGCCGCGACAAGUGGAGGUGUGGUUUCAGAACCGCAGGGCCAGGACGAAGCUGAAGCAGACGGAGAUGGAGUGCGAGUACCUGAAGCGGUGCUUCGGCUCGCUGACGGAGGAGAACCGCCGUCUCCAGCGUGAGGUGGAGGAACUGCGGGCCUUGCGGGUGGCUCCGCCUACCAUCCUCUCCCCUCACACCCGCCAGCCCAUGCCUGCCUCCGCCCUCACCAUGUGCCCUCGCUGCGAGCGUCUUACCUCGACUCCCCGCGCCGUCGCUGCCUCCGCCGCCACCGCCACCACCAGCUUGCCGUCAGCCUUCCCUUUCCGCCCCCGCCGCCAUCCCUCCUCCGCUGCCUGUUAGCUAUGCGCAUGCUGCAUGUGAGGACCAGAAGAUGAACUCCUGAACUUCUAAAUCUUUGUCAUAAAUUUUGUAAAUGGAAGAUUUUUUUUUUUUUUUUUUGGGUCUUUUGGUGCAAAAGGCAAGUAGUUACGCUAUUCUCUGGAAAAAGGGCCAGGCUUGGGCCUGGAAAUUUAAACCCAGUCGACUUUUGGGCCUAGAAGUUUUGUGGAGCCCAAUUCCGAGCAUGACGCACCCCGAAAGUUUUGUGUCGGGCUCAGGCCUGGUUCUUUUGGGCCAGGUCUGGCUCAGACUUAAGUCCAAACCUUGAGCCCCGGGCCUGGAUCCUACGAGGUACAACCGUACAACGCUGUUCAUCAACACU